AUGUCUGCCAUUAUCGGGUCAGACAGACUGGCUAAAUAUCUCGGGGCUAUCCUCCAUGGAAAACAAGAAGUCCAAAAUCUUCAGGACUUCAAAAAAUUCAUCGGAGCAAUCCUGGAUCAAAGCAACCCCUGUAUUCUAGUUGAGAAGCUGGUGUCAAGCCAAAGCGGUUUGAAAGCUCUUCAGACUGGAUUGAGAUUCAACCUCACCCCGGCAUUCCUCAAUCAGCAUACAGCAAAGUUCAUCCGGUUUCUGAACAAUCGUGAUGUGAAAGCUCUUUGCAAUGGAGCUUUCCUCGAACAACUUCUCGUCCUCAUUGUGGAGCCCCGUACCCUCUGGAAUGCCUUUCUGGAUGCAUUCUACACCCGAACAUUGGAACAUGAUUCCAUCCUUGCUUUCUGUUGGAUGGUGUCGGAGCUUCUCGUCUUGCCCACCUCAUCCGGUGUGAAUAUCAACGAUGAUGCCCGAAAGAUGGUUGAAGAUGGAUAUAUUUCCUCAUCGCUCUCCAUUGAGUUGCGUAACAUGGGCCACAAGAUCAAACAUCUGUUGGAAAUGAGGCUCUCGUCGAUGAAUGCCACAACGUCGGACAGCAGCGCAGGCGGCCGGCAUGAUAACGAUUUCUCUGAUUUUCGGUUAACAGCUAUUCUUCCCACAGCGGACGAAAUGGGAUGUACAGAAACGCCUUUCUAUCGACAAGCCGAGGAGAUUUCCCGGCUCUCCGGUGACCAGCGCAUCGCGGCCCACCUUGACAAUCAGUUUCGGCUCUUACGAGAGGACAUGCUUUCGGGACUCCGAGACGACUUUCAAAUUGCCCAAGGGAUCAAAAAAGGCAGACGAAAGGCUUUUCGCUUGGAGGGGCUUUCGCUCGCCACUAUAUCUUGUACCUCGAGCACCAAGCAGCGUAUUCAGCCAUGCACCGUCGGCGUUUUCUGUCAUCGCGGCCUUGAACCGGUCCAAUUCCUUCCCAAGCCGGAGCGCAAAGGCUUUUUGAAGAAUAACCAUAGCUUUGUAAAACAUCAAGCAUUUGGUUGCUUGGUUCGAAAUUCGCAAAUUGUGGCAUUCGCCACAAUUGAGAGAGAUAUUGAUAGCCUUGAAGCUGAUCGACCGGUUGUCAUGUUGCGCAUCUCUGGCGAGGAAGCCCUCAAAAAAUGUCUUCUUUACCUCAAGUUGUAUAAUGAUGUGAACUUUUUGGUUGUUGAUACGCCGAUCUUUGCCUAUGAGCCCAUCCUAAAGUGCUUGCAAGACAGGAUUGAAAUGCCCCUGGUGGAAGAACUGUUUCUCUAUGAGCACGGUCAACCUGUGCGACAAUCAAGUCUGACGCCGUUCAAUGUGGUUGAGAGACUGAAAUUGAAAUAUGGGAGCGAUCUUCAGGGAAUACUUCAAACAAAAUCCUCAGUGACCUUGGAGAACUCACAGCUCGACUCUCUCGUAGCUGGAUUGUCACAGAGGGUCAGCUUGAUCCAGGGACCCCCAGGUACCGGAAAAUCCUUCAUAGGUGCGUUGCUCGCCAAGGCUCUACAUGACCACACCACAGACAAAAUCCUUGUGAUGUGCUAUACCAAUCACGCUUUGGAUCAGUUUUUGGAAGAUUUAUUGGACAUUGGAAUCGAUGCCUCUUCCAUCGUACGACUGGGUUCCAAGUCGACUCAACGCACAGAGCCACUUAGUCUGUUCAGACAACAAUCAUCCUAUAAACGAAAACAAAUUUCAUGGAAUACCAUCAAUUCACUUGAGUCAGAUGCACAGAACCAAGCCUCGGAACUACAGAGCCACAUCAAAAUGUACCAGAAUCAGAUGGCAGAUGCUUUGUCCAUCCUGGACUAUUUGGAAUUUGAAGACCCAAAAUACUUCGAGGCUUUGGCCAUUCCUGAGAACGAUGAUGACAUGGCCAUGGUGACACGUUCUGGGAAAGCAGCAAAGGGGGACUACCUUUUCAACCGAUGGAUAGAAGGAAAAGACCCUGGAGUGUAUUCUUCUUUUAUUCCCUCCAACUGCCAAGAUAUCUGGGCGCUCGGGAAGGAGCCGCGGAAUGACAAGCUUCAGUCAUGGAGAAAUGCCCUUCUGGCCGAGCAAGCUGCGUCACUGGCAAGCCGUAUGAAUUUGCUUGACAAAUGCCAAAAGCGGUUGAGUGCUCUUUGGGGAGAGAAAACGAGAGUCAUACUCAAAUCAAAGCGCAUCAUCGGAUGUACCACUACGGCUGCUGCAAUGUAUUCCGACGAGCUCCGGCAUGUGUCUCCAGGAAUCAUGCUCCUCGAAGAAGCCGGUGAAGUUUUGGAGUCGCAUGUCCUCACGGCGAUGGGGUCAGAGACCAAGCAUUUGGUUUUGAUAGGAGACCACAAGCAAUUGCGACCCAAGAUCAACAGUUAUAGCCUCAGCGCUGAAAAGGGGGACGGGUAUGAUUUGAAUGUUUCUCUUUUUGAAAGACUCAUCAAUGCUGGUUACCCCCAUACCACUCUGCUCAAGCAGCAUCGAAUGUGUCCUGAAAUUUCAGGGCUCGUACGGAGCCUCACGUACCCCGGACUGGAAGACGAUGAUAGCACCAAAGAUCGCCCUCAGCCACGGGGACUCCGCGAUCGACUUAUCUUCUUCCAUCAUAAACACCUUGAGGCUGGCUUUGCAGAGAUAGCUGACCGACGAGAUGAGGGUGCCAAGAUGAGCAGGAAGAAUGUUUUCGAGGCUGAAAUUGUGUUGAAGAUUGUGAAGUAUCUUGGACAACAAGGCUAUGGGACGGACAAGAUAGUUGUGCUCACUCCGUAUUUGGGCCAACUCUCCCUCCUGAGAGAUACUUUAAGAAGCCAGAAUGAUCCCGUACUCAACGACCUUGACACCUACGAUCUCCUACAGGCAGGACUCUUGUCACAGGCGAGCGCCAAUCACUCAAAGCGGCAGCUCAAGCUUUCUACAGUUGAUAACUACCAAGGAGAAGAGAGCGAGAUUGUCAUCGCAUCACUGACUCGGAGCAACAAGGAUGGCGAUGUCGGAUUCAUGGCAGCCCCUGAACGACUCAACGUUCUGCUUUCUCGAGCGCGGAAUGUGUUAAUAUUGGUAGGUAAUUCAGAGACGUUUGUUGCUAGUCGGAAGGGAAGAAAAGCCUGGAAGCCGCUCAUCGAUCAACUCAAGUCCAAUGGGCAUCUUUACGAUGGAUUACCAGUUCGCUGCCAGAAGCACCCUCAAAUCACCGCCAUUCUUCGAACAAAUGAAGAUUUCAACACCGAAUGCCCUGAUGGUGGAUGCUCGGAGCCUUGUGGAGUGAUGUUGAGCUGCGGAAAACAUGAGUGUCCAUCCAAAUGCCACCAACUUUCGGACCAUUCGCAAAUGAAUUGCACAAAGAUUGUGAAAUGGAAAUGUACGCGGAAUCACAGCCUGUCCCUGUCAUGCUCUCAGGUCAAGCGCGUCUGCCGUUUCUGUGUCAAAGAAGAUGCUGCCAAAGAACGCAGACGCCAACGUGAGCUUGAGCUGGAGCAAACACGCCAGCUCAAACAGAACGAAUAUGCGAGCAAGCUUGCAGAAGCUCAAGAGGAAGCAGAUCGUUUAAGAAGGCUACGACAGGAUGAGUCUGACGAGGUUCAGCGAGCAAAUGUUCUUGAACAGUACCAUCAGGUAAUCGAGGACCUGAAGAACCCUUUGAAAACGACAUCCACAAGCAUCGAGCCUGAAUUGGAUGAUACACCGCACUUGGCUAGCUCAGAUAUUACGGAGACUGGAAGAUUGCCUCUUCAUGAAGGGAGCUUUCAGGGUCACGGCAAUGGUCAUCACAAUGAGCCCGACUCUCUCAGCCAGAUGCCGAACAAGAAGUCAUCGAUAGCCCAGACCCAAUGGUUGCAUGACAAAAAAUUCCAAAAUUUCCAGAGUCCUGAAGUCGACGAAUUAAUGGAAAUGGUUGGCAUUGAAUCGGUGAAAGAAAAGUUCUUGGCCAUCAAGGGGAAGGUCGAUAUUUCAAUCAGACAAAAUGUCGACAUCACCGAUCGCUUUGGAACCGUGCUGCUUGGGAACCCUGGCACUGGAAAAACGACCGUUGCACGCCUCUACGGCAAGUUCCUCGCGUCUAUGGGUGUCAUUCCCGGGGACAAAUUCAUUGAGACGACUGGGUCCAGGCUGGCGAAUGAAGGUGUGGUAGGAUGCCAGAAGACGAUCGAAGGGCUUCUGAAAGACGGUGGUGGUACCAUUUUCAUCGAUGAAGCCUAUCAGCUCGUGCAGAGUAGCAGCUUUGGGGGUGCUCAAGUCAUUGAUUUUCUUUUGGCGGAGAUUGAGAACCUGAAAGGAAAGGCUGUCUUCAUUGUCGCAGGCUAUCAGCGACCGAUGGAGAACUUUUUUGCUCACGACCUUGGGCUACGAAGCCGAUUCCCCAACGAGCUGAAAUUCAAUGAUUUUGACGACUCUGAGCUGAUGCAAAUUCUCAUCAGUAAUAUUGAGAAGACGUACAACAAGCGCAUGCAAGUCGAGAACGGUCUAGGGGGGCUAUACUGUCGUAUUGUUGCUCGUCGAGUCGGGAAAAGCCGUGGCCGUGAGGGCUUCGCAAAUGCAAGAUCCGUUGAAAACGCCCUUUCCAAGAUUUCUGAGCGACAAUCCGAGCGACUUCAACAGGAAAAACGACGGGGAACCACAAGGGUUGAUGAUUUUCUCUUUACUGCGGAAGAUAUGAUUGGCCCAGACCCAUCACAAGCUCUGAAGUCAUCCGCUGCGUGGCACCGAUUGCAAGAAAUGAUUGGCUUAGCUGCUGUCAAGAAAACAGUUGAUGUCCUUAUGGGUACGAUGAGCUACAAUUAUGCCCGGGAAUUAGACGAAAAACCCCUCGUCGAGUACAGUUUGAAUCGCGUUUUCCUUGGAAAUCCGGGGACGGGCAAGACAUCGAUUGCAAAGCUCUAUGGUCAGAUACUUGUAGACAUUGGUCUACUGUCUAAUGGCGAAGUGAAGAACCCAUCCGACUUCGUGGGAAGCGCUAUAGGCCAGUCAGAGCAGAAUACCAAGGGCAUACUUGCUUCAACUCUGGGUAAAGUCCUGGUUAUCGACGAGGCUUAUGGACUUUUCGCCGGUGGGACCUCGGAUGGUACGGGAGCGAAAAGUGACCCCUACAGGAGUGCCGUCGUGGAUACUAUCGUGGCUGAAGUACAAAGCACGCCCGGUGAAGACAGGUGUGUACUGCUUCUUGGGUACAAAGAACAAAUGGAACAGAUGUUCCAAAACGUCAACCCUGGUCUGAGUCGACGGUUCCCUAUGGACCAAGCGUUUGUCUUUGAGGACUUCACCUCGGAGGAGCUGAAUCGGAUCUUAGACUUGAAGUUAAAAGAGCAAGGCUAUGGAAUCUCCAACGGCGGCCGGCGAGUGGCCCUCGAGAUGCUUGAGCGAGCUCGAAAUCGCCCACAUUUUGGGAAUGCUGGUGAAAUCGAUAUCUUACUUAACUCUGCUAAAAUGUGCCACCAGAAACGACUGAACGCCAACAGACAGACAGUUCAAUCAUUAGACGCUUAUCUUGAUGCCCCUGACUUCGAUGAGAAUUUUAAUCGUAUGGAAAAGAAUGGUGCAAGUUUAGCAAAGCUGUUUGAAGGGGUAGUGGGCUGCAAAGACAUCAUUUCCAAACUGGAGGGUUACUGUCAGAUGGCCAGGAAUCUCAGGCAGCUGAACAUGGAUGUUCGCACCCAGCUGCCAUUCAAUUUUAUAUUCCGAGGUCCUCCAGGCACCGGAAAGACAAGUACAGCUAGGAAAAUGGGCCAGGUUUAUUAUGACAUGGGUCUGUUGGCUACACAUGAUGUAAUCGAGGCCUCGGCAACCGAUUUGGUCGGCCAAUACGUCGGGCAAACGGGCCCAAAGACUCAGAAGGUUCUGGAACAGGCUCUUGGAAAGGUUCUCUUCAUCGAUGAAGCGUAUCGUCUUGGCGAAGGACCUUUUUCUAGAGAGGCCGUCGAUGAGCUUGUCGACUGUAUCACCAAGCCUAGAUAUGCUCAGAAGUUGAUCAUCAUCCUAGCUGGGUAUGACGCAGACAUCAAUCACCUUAUGUCGAUCAAUCUGGGUCUCAGCUCACGCUUUCCGGAGUACAUCCAAUUCGAGCCCCUCCCUUCCAGUGACUGUAUUCACUUGCUUACUAGACUUUUAUCAAAAAAGAAAAUAGAGCUUCUGGAGGCACAGGUUGAAUUCGACAUUACCUGUUUGGAAAGUCCCAGCCCUGAUUUCACGGAGAGUUUAUCCGAACGCUUUCACACCCUCUCUCUAACUGCAAGCUGGGCAAACGCGCGCGAUGUUGGCACACUAGCAAAGGAGAUCUUUGCAGAGGUCUUUCGGGCUUACAAUGGCAGAAAGCUUGUCCUAGGCAAAGCAGCGGUGCUCCAGGCUCUCAAUAACAUGCUUAUUGAGCGAUUUCAACGUGAUAAGAUUACAGACAAGCUCUCUUCGAUGUCACAUUUAGGCAAGGAUGAGCUCCAGCUGCCUUUGCACAUGGAUUUUCAAGACAAACCAGUGACCACAAAGCACUGCCAAAUUUCAACUCAUGCGGACAUGGCAAGUAGCGAAGAUUUGGGGACAACUACCGCUCACCGCACAAACAAACCUGCUCCCACCGCCGGACGCGAUAUAGGUGUCACAGACGAUGUAUGGAAUCAGCUUCAAAAAGACAACGCCUCUGCAGAGGCACACGAGAAGGAGUUCCUGGGGUUGAAAGAGGAGGAAGAGAGCAAGCAGCAGGAGAUCUUGAAACUACGAGAGAAAGAGGCUAUAGCGGCAAGGGAACUUGACAUCGCCGUCCAAAAGGCCGACGAUGAUUUGCAGAGACAAUACGAACAAGCUCGAUUGCAGCAUGAAAUUGAACGCCGGAAACAGGAAGCUGCUUUCGCUGAGAUUCAGGCGAAGAGAGAGGCUUCAGCUGAAAUGCGCCGAAAGGAAGCUCUCAACCAAAGGAAGUUGCAAUGUCUGGGCGUCUGUGUUGCGGGUUACCGGUGGAUUAAACAGAGUGGGGGGUAUCGAUGUGCUGGUGGCAGUCAUUGGGUCUCUAUUGCCCAGCUUGAAUCUUGUUGA